AUGAGAGUGUCAGUUCCAACGCUAGCCAAAUACGUCCCUAAAAAAACCGGUUCUCCAAGCCCACACCCUUGUGCUCCAAACCAGCUGAUGCCAACAAAAGCAGGAUCAUCCACCGCUUCCAGCGCUCAGAGUACCUCAAAUGUUGGACCAGUUCCGUUUGAGAGCAGAAACUUUCUGUCCUCUCGUUUCAGAUACAGUCCAUUAGAUGAGAUAGAGAUUGAGGAUGUUAACACGGGGGGAGCAGAAUACCUUAUAAGAUAA